CCGUGCAAAACUAAAACUGAACUGACUGAAAUGUCUUUAAAACUGAAAAUAGAAAGUUGAACGUCAUAUAAAUACAGUAAAUAACAAUUAAAUCAUGCUGAAUUUCUAAGUGUGUCUUUAUUUUGAUUAUGUGUCUCAAACCUGAAUGAUUCUGAUUGCAUUAAUGAAACAGCACUACUGCUUUUGAUUGUGAUUUAAAUUCAUGGAGUCUAAUGCCGAUUAAAAUCAAGCAAAAAUCAAGUGUUCUGGAUUUGACUAACAGAAUGGGUGAAAUUCUGCAUUCAGACUUAGAAUGUCCUCCUUCUCCUGCACGUCUAGAAUACACAUCGGACAAACACCCUCGCCAUACCUUAGAAGCUAUCAAUUUAUUAAGGAAGCAUAGGGAGCUUUGUGAUGUUGUUUUGAUUGUAGGAACCCGGAGGAUAUUUGCCCAUCGAGUAAUACUUUCGGCAUGUUCUCCCUACUUCCAUGCCAUGUUUACUGGCGAAUUAGCUGAGAGUCGGCAGACUGAGGUGACAAUCAGAGAUAUUGAUGAGCACGCUAUGGAGUUACUUAUAGACUUUGCUUAUACAUCCCACAUCAUUGUGGAAGAAAAUAAUGUUCAAGUGUUAUUACCUGCCGCCUGUCUCCUUCAAAUGGCUGAAAUACAGGAAGUAUGCUGUGAGUUUCUUAAAAGGCAAUUAGACCCAUCAAAUUGUUUAGGUAUACGUGCCUUUGCUGACACACAUUCGUGCAGAGAACUUCUUCGUAUAGCAGAUAAGUUUACGCAACAUAAUUUCCAAGAGGUGAUGGAAAGUGAAGAAUUUCUCCUGCUUCCUGUUAAUCAAUUAAUAGAUAUAAUAUCUAGUGAUGAGUUAAAUGUUAGGAGUGAAGAGCAAGUAUUUAAUGCAGUAAUGUCAUGGGUGAAAUAUAAUAUUACAGAGAGACGGCAACAUUUGCCUCAGGUUUUACAACAUGUCAGACUGCCUCUUCUUAGUCCGAAAUUCCUUGUUGGAACAGUUGGUUCUGAUUUAUUAAUAAAGAGUGAUGAAGCCUGUAGAGAUUUAGUAGAUGAGGCUAAGAAUUAUCUACUUCUACCUCAAGAAAGACCUUUGAUGCAAGGUCCACGUACAAGACCCAGGAAACCUGUUAGGAGAGGAGAAGUUUUGUUUGCUGUUGGUGGAUGGUGCAGUGGUGAUGCCAUUGCAAGUGUUGAAAGGUAUGAUCCCCAAUCCAAUGAAUGGCGUAUGGCUGCACCUAUGAGCAAACGAAGAUGUGGCGUGGGAGUGGCCGUUCUGAAUGAUUUGCUCUAUGCUGUUGGAGGACACGAUGGACAAUCAUAUUUAAAUAGCAUAGAGAGAUAUGACCCACAAACAAAUCAAUGGAGCUGCGAUGUAGCACCUACAAGUUCAUGUCGCACAAGUGUAGGUGUUGCAGUUCUAGAUGGUUAUUUAUAUGCUGUUGGUGGACAAGAUGGAGUGUCAUGCCUUAAUUUUGUUGAAAGAUAUGAUCCGCAAACUAAUCGUUGGACCAAAGUUGCUCCCAUGAGCACAAAACGGUUAGGUGUGGCUGUUGCAGUCUUAGGUGGCUACUUAUAUGCAGUUGGUGGAUCCGAUGGUUCAUCUCCUCUUAAUUCAGUUGAGCGAUUUGAUCCAAGAACCAACCGCUGGAGUUCAGUAGCUUCCAUGGGAACAAGAAGAAAACACUUGGGUUGUGCUAUUUAUAAUAAUAUGAUUUAUGCUGUUGGUGGAAGAGAUGAUACUACAGAAUUGAGCAGUGCUGAAAGAUACAAUCCUCAAACAAAUCAAUGGCAACCAAUUGUAGCAAUGACAUCUAGGAGAUCAGGGGUUGGUUUAGCUGUGGUGAAUGGACUUCUGUAUGCUGUUGGUGGCUUUGAUGGCACAUCCUAUUUAAAAACUAUUGAAGUGUAUGAUCCAGAGCAAAAUCAAUGGAGACUGUGUGGAAGUAUGAAUUAUAGACGCUUAGGGGGUGGAGUAGGUGUUGUUAGGUUACCGCAUCACGAAGCUCAUUAUUGGUGACAGCAGGCUUUUUGAGGGAUUCUGGGAGAGUCCUUUCUUGGAAUGAUAAAGUCUGAAAGCUUGUUUUUCAUCAUCUGUUGUAUUUAUUUUUGAAUCAUUUGUGAAAGUUUUUUUCUUCCUGUUAUUUAUAUGAAUUUUUUCUAUUUUGAGCGCCAAAUUGUAAAUAAUGGGUUGUACUGUGGGGUUGUGGUCGCUAAUGAAAAAUAAAUUGACAGACCUUAUGCUUAUGUAUGAGGACUUACGAGAGAUAGAUAUAGAUUCUUAUGUUUGUAAUUAUAUAAAAAAAGAUGUACUAUAGUUUGGUAGGAAUUGUAUUAUAAAAUUUUAUUUAUUUCAGAUUCUAUAAUUUUGUGUUUAGAAUUUUACUUUAAUUUGACUUUGGCAAGUGUGGAAAUUUUCAUGUUUUAAAGUCUGAAAUUGCUGAAUUGUAAAUUAUUUUGUUCAGAAUGUAAGUAGUGAUUUAUAUUUUUAAAUGUGUUUAUUUAUUAUUUUUGUUUUUGCAGUUUCAUAAAAAUCAUGCGAGCUAUAGAUGUUUGCAUAAGGAAAUUAAUUUCUGAAGAUUAAGUACUUUUUUAAAACUUUUAUUUUUAUGAUUUAUAUGCAUGAUUUUGUUCAAAAGUUUAAACUUCCAAACAUUUUUCUAUCAUAUUUGUUUUCUGCCACUGUACUUGUAGAGUAAUAGUUUUUUUUAAAAAAAAUUUCUUACAAAACAGAAAAUGAUUAAAACACAAAAUUGUCUAAAAUUCUACGAAAAGAGUCAUUUUUUUCCCCCAUGUUGUACAAACUUAACUUUUUAUAGUGUACAUAAUGUUGUUAUAAAUCAAGUAUAGCUUCAGCUGAACAGGAAAUAUUUAGUUUUUCCUUUUGCUACAACCUGAAAAAAAAUCUUACAGUAAACCUAGAAAAGGACCAAGCAUAGCAUUAAGCUGUAAGAAUCCGAAAAAUUUAAAAUAACAAUUUUGUCAAUUACAAUUAUCAUUUCUAUACUCCAGUGCAAUGUGGUUAAAUUAACUAGGUGGUUACUAAAAUCAAAUAUUCUAAGCUUUGUAUGAAAAAGUUAAACAAUUAUCUAAUUCUAUUCUUAGUUUAGCAAUACUAUUUCCUAAACAGCUGCAAGUAAUCAUUGAUUUUUUUCUAUUUUAUUUAUUUUUUUUGGUCUUUUUAAACUUAUUUUUAUUCUUAAUUACAAAUAAGAUUAUAAAUGGCUGUAAGUAUUGCUAAUGUAACAAAAUUUAUUGACUGCAUUGCCUUCAGUUUUAAUUUAUAAUAAUUUCUUAAACAAAAGUGAAACCAAAUUUUUCUUCUUCAUUUCUUGUUUAAAGCAUAACAGUUAUAUAAAUAAUAAACUUUUAAAAUUUUUUAUUUAAAACUAAAUAUAAAUCUAAAAUUUAUCUAAACCUCCUAUCUAAAAACCUAUCUAAGUAAUAGGAAAACUUGAAUAAAAUAAUAAAUCUUAUUUCUAAAAUUAAGUGGGAACCCUUAAAAAAAUAAAACCAAUAGUAUUGUUAUGUUUUUUUCUAGUUUUGGUUAAAAAGAAUUAUAUUACAUUGUUGUUGGUCAGUAUAUUACAGGUUCUACAAUUUUUUAUUAGUCUUUAUUUUAUUAGUUUAUGAGCUUUUUGACUUCAAAGAUCUUGAUCUUUAAAGAUGAAAGACUUAGAACCCGUAUUUCUGUUAAUCAAGGUUAUUCUGUAGAUUUUCAUAGCUCUUCUAAAUAUAAAACUACAAUUUAUUUGACUUAUUUGUUUACCUAAUUAAGUCAAAUAAAUUGUAAAUCCAAUAAUUAUUAAUUUUAGUUUAGUUAUCAGACAUAACUAUUUUUGCAAAAGUUAGUGCAAGAAAUCUAACAGGAUUUUUCAAAGCAGAAAAAUAAUAAAAGUCACAGUUUAAGUGCUUUGCAGUUCUAACAAAGCUAUAAUUUCCAACUAUAUGUACCAUCUUGCCAAAAGUUGUUGCCAUCUUGCCAUUAUCGUUGUUUUAGAAUGGACAAAUAACUGAGAUAUGUAUUAUAAAAAUUAUCAAACUUUUUUAAAAGAUGCCAAUUUGGUAGAUAUGUAAAUCCUCAAAAUCAAUGCAUAAUUUUCAAUUUUUGCUAUUUUUAUGAGCACAUAUAAUGCAGCGUUGUAGUAUCUUUUUAAAUAUUAAAAAAUAAGAUCUCAAAUGCUUUUCAUUAACACAAAACUUUGUUUUUUCUUUAUAUUGACAUUUUGUGCUAUUUUCAUAAUUAGCAUAGAGGGCCUCAGAUGGAAAUAGGCUAAUCUUGACCAAACAGUCAUGAAUAACUGUUUAACACCUAUAGCAGUUAUGAAAAUAAUAUAUUAUUUGCAAACAAGCUCUAUUUCACGCUAUGACUUAUACUUCAAAUAGCAGCCUGACAGGAGAAAAAGAUGUAGUUUCAAUUUCACAUCCUUUUCUUUCCUUACUUUUAAUAUUUCAUUUUUAGUCAUACUAUUUUUUCAUUGUAUUUUGUUCCUUGUUGCAUUUUUCAUAUACUUUUGCAUCAUUAAGUAUCAGAUCUUCCAUAAAAGCCUAACUUAAUAAAUUAAAUUAGUUCAAAACUAAUUUGAUUUUAUUGUGGUUCGUUAUAUUUUCUGUUUUUCUAAUGAGUAUUUAAAAAGUGGUCUAAACUGAAUUGUUAGAUAAUUCUCAUAAUUCAUUUUGUUAGAAUGUUUUUCUUUUUAUAUUUUAGCAUAUUUCCUAUUAUAAUUACUUUUCAAAAACAUAUAUUGGGUACAUUUCAUAUAUUGGGUAUGAAAUGAAUAUUAAAAAAGCAUAUAGCCGAUUUAGUUUCUUCAAUCAUUUAAUUUUUUUGCAGUUUUGGUCAUCUUUUUCACUGUUAUAGUUUUUAAAGCAAAUUUUUGUAAUAAACUAUUUUUGGAUAUUAUAUUGAAUUUCUCACUUUUUAUUUUAUGUAAGAUUUUAAAUACUAAUGUGCUUUUUUUCUAUAAUAAGUAAUUUAUUAAUUUUUUUAGUUCAUUUAAACUAGGAUAAUUACAAUUGAUUUCUCAAAGUAUGUGAACUUUUAUUUUAAAUGUCACUAUCAAUUUUUUAGCCUCUUUAAACUAUUGCUUACAUUUUCUUUUUAAAUUCGAUUUUUGAUACCAAUUUAAACAUUUACUACUGGCAAAUUAGAACAUAUUCUUAAUGAAAUAACUUAUGUUAGUUUUUUUGUGAAAUUAAAGUAAUUUUACUUUAUUUUCUGCUAAUUGAAAGUUUUAAAUGUGCAUUUGUGUAAAAAAUGCAAGCUUCCAAAAACUGUUAAUAAGAAUUGCAAAUGAGGCAAUGGUGUAAAAUAUCUUAUAAUACAUUAAAUAAAAGUUUAUAAUAGCUAUAAAAGUUAUAUUGCUGUUAUUUACAAAAGGAAAACUUUUCAUGGGAAGCAUUUAUAUUGAAAAUUUAAUUUUUUGUGCUUUUUAUGUUUUAAAAUUAUACUCGUACAAAGUCAUAUCUGACAAAAAUUUAUAACAUGUUAACAUUUACUUAUGUUAUUUUUGGAAAUAAGUCUCCUUCCUAUAUGUCAUUGUUCUAAUGACUAGCCUUCAAUUCUGAACCAUGAGAAAUAUUUCAGUGUAAAUAUGGCACUUAUAUACCUGU